UUUUUAAAAUCUCAAAAUGUUGUAACAUUGCUACUGUUAAGGAAUAGGUGGCACAUUCAGGGCGACAAUCCUUUUGUUUGACUUCCUCCAUGUCAUCACAGACCAGGAAGAUAACUGGGUGUCCGUACCCUUUCCCAGCUUGAUCCUCACUGUGUACUGUUGUUACUGGAGACUCGGGUAGCCACAAAGUUAUCCUUUGGUUUUAAUUAGUUGGCAGAAUAUUCAUUUUUCUUCGCAACAAAACAAAAUCCGUAAUAAUAAAUGCAGCUCUAUUUUCAAUAAAUAUUGAACAAUUUUGAAUGAUGUCAAUAUGAAUAUACUGAACAGUCUCACUAUGAGGUCAGUUUAUGACAAAAUAGAAUGCACCUUUGAAAGUAAUCUUUAUUGCAUCACAAAACAUAGAUGUACAUCUUUGUUAUUUAACAAUAGAAUUAAUUUCCGUUUGGCUGACUUGUCGAGACUGUUCACUUUCACAACAGUGAACGUAGAGGUAGUAUCUUUGUUACUGAACCUGGUAGUGCUACUUUCAAAAUGCAACUAAAGCUUGGAUUUAUUUUUAAUUUUUUGUACCUUGACAAAAUUCAUGUUUUGAUGUCAGUUAGAAAUACUGUGCUCCUUUUAGAAUAUUUUAAACUUUUGGAUGUUCAUGACAACAGGACUUUAAAUGAUGUUCAAUUUUUUCACUUCCUUCGAUGUAUCACAGACAUGACCACACAACAUAUCAAAAAGACUUUCAAUAUGUUUGAUUGGAGAGCCUCAGGGGAGAUUGGAUUUGAUGAGUUUUACAUGUUAAUUUGCAUCAUAAUUGCCAACAAGGAUAAAAUGGAACAGCAGUUUCUUUAUCGUCACUCUCGCCCCAUCUUUGACCUAUUUGAUAUGGAUGGGGGACACACCAUUUCCCCAGCUGAAUUUUACAGUGCAGGAUUUCUCUUUAAUAUCAAAGGACGUGCUUUUUUGCAGAUGUUUCAGGAUUAUAGUGGAACUAGCGGUGAGAAUCUGACCUACAAUGAAUUCAAAUUGUUCAUCAUGGCCUGUGUAGAUAAGCAAGAGAAAAUUAAUGAAGGUAGAAGGAAAAAGAAACAAUCGCGCUCAGCAUUAUUUCCUGGUAAAAAUUCUUCAUUUACCAUUUAAUCUCAUGCUAUUGAAGCAAUCUGUUUUCAAAGAAGAAUUAGAAAUAAUUAUAACAUGUUUGCACAGACAAAAACAUCUUUCUUUUCCUGUGGAUUUGUACAAGAGGUACUUACAUUAAAGUCUAAAAACUACUUUUUAACAAAUGUUCUUCUUGGAAAAG